AUGGACUCCGUCUUUGGUCGCCCACAGACGAAGGUGAAGCUGGACGAUGUCGCUUACGACAAGUCCGCGCCACACUACAGCGGCACAGUCUUUGGGCUGCCAGCUGACAACGUCAUUUUCUACUCGAAGGUGGCUGCCGGCACGUUCGCGACGUUGGUUGUCGUGUACAUUUUCUUCAAGGGCUACGUUCUUCUCUCCCGCUUUAGUCUGCAGACGGUCGCUCGGCUAGGGUUUAUGAGCGGCUUUGCGUGCUGUCUUAUCAGCUACACAGUCGCCCUGUCUCUCAUCCGGCGCUACCGCAUCAAUGCCGAGACGGUGUACAAUCAAUCCAUUGCGCUUGUCAUGCGCAAUGAAAAGGUGGUGCAGCACCUCGGCACGCACCCACGCACCGGCGACUUCCGCACGUACAACGCGACCGGCGGCUUCAAGCUGCCGUUGAUGCGCCGCAUCCGCAGUGGCUCGUACGAGCUGUCGGACCUCCUCGGGCUGAAGCAACGCCGGCUGCAGAUGCUCCUCACACUCAAGAACCCCUCCAGCGGCAACGAAGGCCUGGUCUCGUGCGAUGUGCGUAAGGAGAGCACCGGCUUCUUGUCUUCCACGAAUGUGUACAAGUCUCUCUCCAUCACGCUCUACUCGGAGAACAAGAAGGCGGAGCCGGAGACGAUCAUUCUGAUCGGCAAACCGGAGGAUGUCGUGUACCGCUCUCUCAUCCUGCGCUGA